AUGGAAGUUAAUAAUGGUGGCGGCGAGGGGUCGGACCUGCCGGAGUCUAUCUCUUCUGUUAUACCUGGCUGGUUCUCUGAGAUUAGCACUCUGUGGCCUGGAGAAGCUCAUUCACUAAAAGUAGAGAAGUUAUUAUUCCACGGGAAGUCUGAUUACCAGAAUAUCACGGUGUUUCAGUCAUCAACUUAUGGAAAGGUUCUCGUCUUGGAUGGUGUAAUUCAACUCACCGAGAGAGAUGAAUGCGCUUAUCAAGAGAUGAUUACUCAUCUCCCACUUUGCUCAAUUCCGAAUCCAAAGAAGGUUCUGGUUAUUGGAGGAGGAGAUGGUGGUGUCUUACGUGAAGUGGCUCGACAUUCUUCUAUUGAGAAGAUAGACAUCUGUGAGAUUGACAAGAUGGUCGUUGAUGUUUCCCAACAUUUUUUUCCCAGUGUAGCUGUGGGUUUUGAGGAUCCCCGUGUAACACUUCACAUUGGCGAUGGAGUUGCAUUUUUGAAGGCCGCUCCUGAAGGAACUUAUGAUGCCAUUAUAGUGGAUUCUUCUGAUCCCAUCGGUCCAGCUCGGGAGUUAUUUGAAAAACCUUUCUUUGAGUCACUAGCGAAAGCUCUUCGUCCUGGAGGUGUUAUGUGUACUCAGGCUGAAAGCAUAUGGCUUCACAUGCACAUUAUUGAAAAUAUUGUUGCAAACUGCCGCCAGAUUUUCAAAGGCUGUGUUGACUAUGCCUGGACCACAGUCCCAACUUAUCCAAGUGGUGUUAUUGGGUUCAUGCUAUGUGCUACGGAGGGUCCUGCAGUAGAUUUUAAACAUUCAAUCAACCCAAUAGAUGCCGAUGAUAGUCAUGUCAAAACAAAGGGACCCUUGAAGUUCUACAACUCCGAGAUCCACUCUGCGGCUUUCUGCUUACCCUCAUUUGCUAGAAAGAAUGAAUCUUUUGUCCAAAAACCUCCACCCCCAUCGCCAAUACCUCCACCACCGCCAGAACCUCAAGCCCUGUCGUCAUUACCUAGAUCCACCGCACUAGAUUCACGACCACACCAUAUCACACUUGACUGGAGUCAAUGUCACAACAGCCCUCGCCGUAGUGAGCAAAGAGAAGGAUGUCAUGAAUCACCCGACCUGUGUACCAGCGAAACCAAAGAUCUGCAAGUAUAG